UGCAGCUAACCCUACCUGCUAUAGGUAUAGAGUAACAGCGUGCGAAAUUUAGUUGUUAUUAUAAUUAGAAUGGGAAGCUGCAAUCUCGCGAUAGUGUUUAUUUAUAGCAGCUAUGAUAAGACGCUUAAAGGUGUAAUAACCAUUUUAUUUUAAUUAAUAUAAUAAAUAUCUACAUAUACAAAAUGCUAGAAAUUAUGAAGCUACAAAGUUUUUUGUGUGCGCUCCGCCAUAAUACAAUCUCUACAAUAAAUCAUUAACGGCGCUGGACCAUCGAUGUGGGUGCGCUGCCAUGGUUGAUUCCAGUGUUUUGUACAUCGUAUUCGAUUCCGCAGCUCACAAUCUCUUUGAAAUACGGUUGGAAUCUUGAUCCAUAUUUUCAAUAAGUCAUUUACACUUAAACUUAACAAUUCGCUCUUCGUCUCAAUAUAAUUAGACUCCUUUUGAGCCUCUCGCCUAGCGAUGUUGUAAAGUAUUCGAUCCAUUAUCGUUCGAUAUGAGGACCGAAAUGAACAUUAGCAUCCCCGUUUUAUACCUACACCUUUAAGAUACACUGCGCAUGAUGGAUUUCUUCAAAUCCCCUCCAAAAGUACUUUUAAGAGCAGGUAUAAGAGUAAUAAGAAAGUAAAAAAUCGAUUUAUAUCGAGAUGAGUGCACAAAUACAGCAACAAUCGCAAGAUUCGUGGGGUAGCGAAGAUGAUGCAAAGUCAUCGCUUUCGCUGGAUAAAUUAUCGGUGAAUGAAUCCUCGAAAGAGGAGCAAGGAAAGGAAACCUUAAUAUCUUCGUGGUCGUUAUUCUUAGACGGAGGCAUUAUUCUCGAAGUUGGCGUUACACUGGACGAGUACUUUUUCGAUUCCAUCGUGCAAAUAUCAUGUCCUCCGCAUUAUGAUGACCAGUAUUUACAAUUUGAGCGUUGCGAAUGGAAAGAAAUAUUCAAUUUUAAAACUGAACACUUAAUUAAACAUAUGGUGCAGUGUACGCCUAAAAGAAGGAGCAAGCAUGAAAUUUUUACCGAGUCCAAAAUAAUAAUACUUGAAGCGGAAGAAGAAGAAGACGGCGGAUGUAUUCGAAUAAGCGAAUCAGAUAAAUCUAUAAUAUUUUCCAAGCAAGCAAUCGAUAUGAUAUUUAUCGCUUCCGAAGUAAUUACUCAAAAAUUGGAUGUCGCCAACCACUAUGCGAUGUAUUGUCUUUAUGAUGACUUUACGCGUGAGGUGGCAAAAAUUCUACAUACCGAAGGUGUUACUAGCGAAGAGAGCAUUUUAUCGAAAGGGAAAUUGAUAUGCCAAAAUCUCAAAUUGUUAACAUCGCUAAGCAGUUGGAAGGAAAAGUAUGAUAAUUUGCAAGACUUGACUCUUCUAACAGAAAUUGUAAACAUUCACCCUCGAAAAUUUAUAAAUACGGUUGUAUGGAUACACAUCAACUUAUUAUCCACCUAA